AUGAACGAGAUACGAGAAGUGGCGAAAGCCUACUACUCGAGGGCAACGGCGGAGGAGAAGAAAUUGGCCACGAUGUACUUCCGGUCACUCGACUUAAACGGCGACGGCAAAAUCAGCCUAGCGGAGUACAAGAAAAUGGUCAACCCUUGGUUCUCGAACAACAGACUUUUCACCGAACUCGACCGUAACGGCAACGGAACCCUAGAUUUCGACGAGUUUUUGGCCCUCUUCUACAUGCAGAGAGUACCUAUUCCCAAGUGCGAUGCAUGUAACAAUAUGCUGUUCGGGUCAUACUUUUCAUGCUUGCUCUGCGAAAAAGAUUUCCCCAAUUCGUACGAUCUUUGCUGCCGCUGCUACGGCGGAGGGAAAUACAAGCACCACCACCCACGCGCCAGCUUUAUGGAUAACCGCUCUCAGCGGUUGCUGCUGGCUGAGUUCAUGAAGCAAUCUCAAGUUACUGUACCUGAUGACGAGGUAAUGAUGGAGAAUGUCCAGACAAUUAGCCGAUCUCUAUCUAAACCGGUGAGCCCUCUUUCAGACUCUUAA